GCACACGAGAAGCAGCGGCGGGUGGAUAAGAACUGGUUAAACGGGACUUUUAUCUCAUUAAAAGCAGCAGACCAGAGGAGUGAUCACUCUCUUCAGAUGCCGUUACUUCUCCCCCGGGACUCUUCCAUCCCUCGUGUCAACCUGUCAGACGGCCUCUGCCAGUCUCGCGCUAUUUAUGAAGGGCUCUCCCUGUGGGUGUCACACGGGUCUGAUGCUGCAGCUGCUGCUUCCUGUACUGAAGCACCACCAACCAGAGCCCUCUUCGCCGCAGAUCCCCACACCCCGAGCUGCAACACGGAGGCAUCUGUCGCGGAGACGCCGCCGUCCUGCGGAGGGAAGCCACGCCCGACUCGGUCUCCCGGUGUGUGUGCGCGAGCCGGUAACACUGCGGCGGCCCGUGCGAGAAGCGAGCAGGCAGCCCUUUGCCUCCGCGACACGCAGCACACGAUCUCUCUUCACCCAGGAGCUGGCGCUAGCUAGUAGCAGCUAGGUGGCUAAUGGCUAGCAGCAGCAGGUAGAUGACACAGGGGAAGCAUUAAGAAGAGAAAUGUGCCGACUCCAGACGUCGUAGGUGCACCUGCGAACGACCCGACUUUUUAACAACCACCUCGGCACGAUAGGUCUGAGCACACCGGCUCCCCGACAUGCUACCGAGACUGCACUAAUUUCGCUAACGUUAGCUAGCUAAGCUACUAGCCACCUAGAGCUGAGCCUGUUGCAUAUUCUCAGACUGAGUUUGGAACACGGAAGAGACUCGCUCCGCAGCUCGCCGGCUCGUUGUAGUGCAUCGUUUGAGAAGGGAACGCUUUCUUCUAGGGGAGUUAUCGACAUGGCUCCCAAGAGAAGACCCGUGCCCCUGAACAUAACGCCCAUUGGGGAGGGACAGGCCACCUCCAACACCAUCGACUCUGCAUCUGAAGCAAACCUUGAGGCCUUACAGAAGAAACUGGGCGAGCUGGACCUGGAUGAGCAGCAGAGGAAACGACUGGAAGCCUUCCUCACCCAGAAAGCUCAGGUCGGGGAGCUGAAGGACGAGGACUUUGACCCCAUAUGUGAGUUGGGUGCCGGGAACGGAGGAGUGGUCAACAAGGUCCGCCACAAACCCUCGGGUUUGGUCAUGGCCCGGAAGUUGAUCCACCUGGAGAUCAAGCCUGCCAUCAGGAACCAGAUCAUCAGAGAGCUGCAGGUUCUGCAUGAAUGCAACUCCCCCUACAUUGUGGGCUUCUACGGGGCCUUUUACAGCGAUGGCGAGAUCAGCAUCUGCAUGGAGCACAUGGAUGGUGGAUCCUUGGACCAGGUCCUGAAGGAAGCCAGAAGAAUCCCAGAAGAAAUCCUGGGAAAAGUCAGCAUAGCUGUAUUGAGGGGAUUAGCCUACCUGCGGGAGAAGCACCAGAUCAUGCACAGAGAUGUCAAGCCCUCCAACAUUCUGGUCAACUCUCGUGGGGAGAUCAAGCUGUGCGACUUUGGUGUGAGUGGCCAGCUCAUAGAUUCCAUGGCCAACUCCUUUGUUGGAACCCGCUCCUACAUGUCGCCGGAGAGACUGCAGGGCACUCACUACUCGGUUCAGUCUGACGUGUGGAGCAUGGGUCUGUCCCUGGUAGAGCUGGCAAUUGGGCGCUACCCCAUCCCCCCACCAGACGCCAAAGAACUGGAGGCCAUCUUUGGACGGGCUGUUAUAGACGGGGCCGAGGGAGAGCCUCACACCAACAUGCAGAGGCCCAGACCACCAGGGAGGCCUGUGAGCGGACACGGGAUGGAAAGUAGACCUGCCAUGGCCAUCUUUGAACUUUUGGACUACAUUGUAAAUGAGCCGCCUCCUAAACUGCCACUUGGUGUCUUCACCAAUGACUUCCAGGACUUUGUGACAAAAUGUUUGAUCAAAAACCCAGCGGAUCGAGCAGAUCUGAAGAUGCUGAUGAGUCACACGUUCAUCAAACGGUCAGAGGUGGAGGAAGUGGACUUUGCUGGCUGGUUGUGCAAAACCAUGGGGCUCAACCAGCCCAGCACUCCCACCCGCAGCACUGAGUGAACCCCCACUGCCCUGACACACCUUUGGGUCUUGCUUGCAUACGCAUACAUACAUAUACUACACACACACGCACACAUACAUAUAUAUGUACUACACACACACACACAAACACACACAAGCCAUCAAACAUAUUGGCACUUUUUUCAUCUAGCUCUUGGGUAAAACAGUUUUGGCUUCCCCUCCUCUUCUUUUAUUUCUUCACCAGCAGCAGGUCCGAUGAGUCAUUGUACUGUAAGACCACAGCUUCAAUAUGCCAGUGUAAAGAGUAGCCACUGCUCACGUUUCCACACAGCUAGAGAGGAUGUAAAGCACUGACGAGCUGCCAAUGUGUCAUGCUGAGAUUGACAAAAUCUUUUUGUAUUGUUGAAUAUUCUGUAUUAAUCUUUUCUAUGGCAACAGUUGAUGGCUUGUGGCAUUUUAAUUACCUGCUGCAGAGUUUUGUUGGGCUGAAAAUGACCAGGGAGAAACACAAACGUGUAUCAUAUCACAUAUUACUUGCAAAUUUCAAAAUUGGUUUUAUUCAAGGUUAAUGCAGUUAUUUUGAUUUAAAAUCCCCUUGUCAAACUUACACAGUCUAAGUUUUUUCCAAAGAGACCUUGCUGUUACCUCCUAUAAAGUAAUCACAUUUUGUGAACAGAGUGCACAGGACGAAUGGGCCUAUCAGGAGUCAUUGUCACUUUUUGGUAAAUGAGCGAUCAUUGUAAAAAUCACUUUGUGAAAGUGUCACAAACCAAAGAGGGUUCUCAUGGCUAAUAAUACCUGAUCAGUUUUUUUUUUGUAUGCACAUUAAUGAACAGUGUAUCCGUGUACUUUAAAUGUUUUUAUUUUCUAAUUAGUGACCUACACGCUGAUUGCGUUGACAUUGUUUCCUCCGCAUACAUUUCAGUUCACAUCCCACACAGUGUGUCUCAUGUUCAGAAUGCUGUGGAGGCCUGAUACAUGCCAGAAUGUCUUUCUUUUUUUUUUACAUUGAGAAAACAAUGAUCAAACUGUAUUCGUGGGAUGAUAUAGCAUGGUUUAUUAUCUUUCAAAUACUGUAAGUGUGUUUUAUUUCCCAAGAUCUUGAUGGGGAUGAUUAGCUGGUGUUUUUAUCAAAAGCCUAAAUCUCUGUCGAUGUCGAUUUCGAAUUUCAAUCACGUUGACAAAUUUAACUUUUAUUUUUCUUAGUUGUUGGUCUGUACUUUCCCUUAAAGUGUAUUCGGUUAUGUUUUCACUGUACUGCUAUGUGUGGCGCUCCAAGCUUUCUCUUGGGACUCAACCAGAAGAGCUGUGCUUUGGUUAAAAAGAAUUGGGUUGAACACUUUUGAAAAUCUUUUCCUAGUGGUUUAACCCCGUUAAUUGUGAUAAAAAUGCAAACCGGCCGAAGUGGAACUUAAAUCGUUUCAAGUAGUACAAUGGAUUUGACUGCAAAAUUUUACACGUGGUGGUGGUAUUACUUGCUAGCCUGCCGUCUUGCUAGAGCUCUUGUAUUCUCUCUGUUAUGGCUGCCCCUUAUUCCCCCAGAAACGUGCAUUCAUUUACAGCAAAAUGGAUGUGUUGUCACUUGUAUGUGUACAAAGCUAUAUACAAAAAUUACAGGAGUACUAUUUUGCAGUCUUAAUAUACAAAUUUUUGAUUUAUGUAAAUGACAAGGGAGAAGAGUCAUUUUAUUAUAAUAUAAAAGUGUUGGAUAUGAUUAUAAUGUAUAAAAAAGAUGAAAAUAAAACUUAUUUGUGAAUGUA